AGGUCAAUGACAUCGAUAUGUGAAACAAUUAUAUAAACUAAGAAAGAACAAAGAAGAUAAUAAGGUGUAGAGUGAUGAGAGGUGUGCUAAACUACCACAAAUUUUACACCUUUUUAGUCGUCUGUUUUGUUGUAACUCAGAUUCAUCCUACGUAUUCGAUCUAUGUCAAUACUUUGCCGUCUACAGAAAUUUUGACAAUCUCAAGCAACCGAACUAUUGUAUCUCCUGGUGAUGUCUUCGAGCUUGGUUUUUUCAAACUCGGCUCACCUGCUCGUUGGUAUCUCGGGAUAUGGUACAAGAAAGUACCCGAAAUAAGCUACGUAUGGGUUGCUAACAGAGACAACCCUCUCUCUAAUUCCAUGGGAGGCCUCAAAAUUGUCGAUGGUAACCUCAUCAUCUUCGAUCACUACGACAAUUAUGUCUGGUCAACAAAUCUGACCACAAAGGAUGUGAGAUCUUCGUUGGUGGCAGAGCUUUUGGAUAACGGCAAUUUCGUGCUUAGAGUCUCAAACAACAACGACCCAGAUAAAUUUUUGUGGCAGAGUUUUGAUUAUCCAACAGAUACUUUACUCCCACAGAUGAAACUAGGUUGGGAUCUCAAAACAGGGCUCAACAGGUUCCUUAGAUCUUGGAAAAGCUCUGAUGAUCCGUCAAGCGGUAAUUUCACAUGCAAACUCGAAACAAGGGGAUUUCCUGAGUUUUUGAUACGAUUCAGAUUCACGCCAAUAUACCGGAGCGGUCCGUGGGAUGGAAUCCGGUUUAGUGGCAUGCCAGAGAUGCGAGAUUUGGAUUACAUGUUUAAUAAGUUCACGGCGAACGGAGAAGAGGUCGCUUACACGUUCUUAAUGACCAACAAGAGCAUCUAUUCGAGAAUAACAUUGAGUUCUGCUGGGAUUUUUGAGCGAUACACGUGGGUUCCGACAUCAUGGGAAUGGACCUUGUUCUCGUCUUCACCAACGGACCAGUGUGAUAUGAACGAAGAGUGUGGGCCUUAUAGUUACUGUGACACGAGCACGUCACCAGUGUGUAACUGUAUCCAAGGGUUCAGUCCAAAGAGCCAGCAGCAGUGGGACUUGGCUGACGGGUUGUCUGGGUGUGUGAGGAGAACGCCACUAAGCUGCAGAGGAGAUCGGUUUUUGCGGCUGAAAAAUAUGAAAUUGCCGGAUACUAUGUCGGCGAUUGUGGACAUGGAAAUUGAUGAGAAAGACUGUAAGAAGAGAUGCCUUUGGAAUUGUAACUGUACGGGUUUUGCAAAUGCGGAUAUCCGAAAUGGUGGGUCGGGGUGUGUGAUUUGGACCGGAGAGCUUUUGGAUAUUCGAAGUUAUGUUGCCAACGGUCAAGAUUUUCAUGUCAGAUUGGCGGCUUCUGAAAUCGGUGAUGAGAAAAAGAUAAGCAAAACAAUCAUAGGUUUGAUUGUUGGAGUCUGCGUUAUGCUUCUUCUGAGUUCUAUCAUCUUCUACUUUUGGAAUAGAAGAAAGAAGCGAGCAAAUGCAACACCUAUUGUGUUUGAAGAGAGAAACCAAGAUUUGGUAAUGAAUGGUGUGGUAAUAUCAAAUAGGAGACAUUUGUCUGCAGAAACCGAAACAGAGGAUUUGGAACUUCCAUUGAUGGAGUUUGAAGCUGUUGUCAUGGCUACCGACAAUUUUUCCAGUUCCAACAAGCUUGGACAAGGUGGCUUUGGUAUUGUUUACAAGGUGUGGAGGAAUUGGAAAGAAGGAAAAGGGCUAGAGGUCGUCGAUCCAAUCAUCAAAGAUUCUUCAUCAUCAACGUUCCGGCCGCAUGAAAUUUUAAGAUGCAUACAAAUUGGUCUCUUGUGUGUCCAAGAAUAUGCAGAGGACAGACCAAUGAUGUCGUCAGUGGUUUUGAUGCUCGGAAGCGAAACGGUGGAAAUUCCUCAGCCUAAACCGCCUGGUUAUUGCGUUGGGAGAAGUAAACAAUACAACGAUGAAUCUUGCUCACUGAACCAAAUUACACUUUCGAUCGUUGAGCCUCGGUAAUUCUGAGUGUUAACCAGACAGUCCGUAUUAUUUAGUAAUGAUGAGUAGUAAACUGAGUGAUAGAAC